GCACACGUGUGUGUGCACUGUACAGAAAAAUGGAUCUCUCAAAAUGGUGUAAUUUAUCCUCUAGUCCAAGUUUAAAACACCUGACAGAGGCAGGGUUUGGUGUCCCUAAAGAAAAACAGCAUGUGCCGGUACAGGAGCUGGUGAAAGCGCACAUUGAGUCCUUUGAUCAGGCAGUUACUGAUGGGUUAUGUCGAGUUGUUGAGGCUAUUCCUCCAUUGGAGUUCUUGUUCAAGGGAGACCGAAUCAGUCUGUCUUUUUUGGAAGCCACCAUUCACAAGCCAGCAGUUGCAAAGGGAGGAAUCAGCAAAGACCUGCGGAUCUUCCCAGCUGAGUGCAGAGGCAGGCGCUGUACAUACAGAGGGAAGCUGGUGGUGGAUGUGAGUUGGUCUUUGAAUGGAGUUCCUAAAGGAAUCAUCAAACAGUCUUUGGGUCAGGUCCCCAUCAUGGUUAAAUCUAAGCUGUGCAAUCUUCAUGAUCUAACACCCAAAGAACUCAUUGAGCAUCAUGAGGAAGCUGAGGAAAUGGGUGGUUAUUUUAUUGUAAAUGGUAUAGAGAAGGCGAUUCGUCUGCUGAUCAUGCCAAGGAGGAACUAUCCCAUCGCCUUGAUAAGACCAAAAUUUAAGAGCAGAGGACAAGGCUACACUCAGUAUGCUAUUUCAAUGCACUGUGUAAGAGAUGAGCACACAGCCAUUAAUAUGAAUCUUCAUUACCUGGACAAUGGAACAGUCAUGCUGAAUUUCAUUUACCGGAAAGAGCUGUUCUUUCUUCCCUUGGGCUUUGCACUAAAGGCUCUAGUGGACAUUUCAGAUUAUCAGAUCUACCAGGAGUUAAUCAAAGGCAGGGAGGAGAACUCUUUCUAUAAAAGUUGUGUGUCAGAAAUGUUGCGUCAGGUCAUGGACGAGGGCUGCACAACUAAAGGGAAAGUGCUCAGUUAUCUGGGCGAACGUUUCCGGGUCAAACUCAACCUCCCAGAAUGGUUCACUCAUGAGCAGUGUGCUCAUUUCCUUUUAGAUGAAUGUCUGUGUAUACACCUGAAGUCAGAUGUGGAGAAGUUUUACAUGUUGUGUCUAAUGACACGAAAGCUCUUCAGCUUUGCUAAGCAGGAGUGUAUGGAGGAGAACCCUGACAGUCUGAUGUGUCAGGAGGUGCUCACACCAGGACAGCUCUACCUUAUGUUCAUGAAAGAGAAAAUGGCUGGUUGGUUGGUGUCUGUGAAACUGGCUUUGGCCAAGAGAAGUCAAAGAGUGGGAGGCGUUACUUCAGAUAGCCUCGUAAAGAUCUUCAAUGCAGGCACAGAUCUCACCAAAGCCUUUGAGUAUCUGUUAGCCACAGGAAACCUGCAGUCAAAGACAGGUCUGGGCAUGCUGCAGGACACAGGCCUGUGUGUCGUGGCAGACAAGCUGAAUUUCAUCCGUUACCUGUCUCAUUUCCGCUGCGUACACAGAGGAGCUGCCUUUGCUAAGAUGAGGACCACAUCAGUGCGGAGGCUGUUGCCAGAGUCUUGGGGUUUUGUGUGUCCUGUACACACUCCUGACGGAGAGCCGUGUGGCCUUAUGAAUCACAUGACAGCUCACUGUGAGAUUGUGGCCCCAGUAUAUCCCACAACCACACUGCCGGCCCUGCUCUGCUCUCUGGGUGUGACUGCGGCAGACGGGACCCCCGGUCAGCCGUUUUCUGAUUGUUAUCCCGUCAUACUGGAUGGGGCUAUGAUUGGCUGGGUGGAAAGAGAGGUGGCGCCAUCUAUCGUCGAGUCUCUCCGUAGGUUUAAGGUGUUGAAAGAGAAAAAGGUGCCGCCAUGGACUGAGAUUGUUCUGGUUCCUCAGACGGGUAAAGCCAGCAUGUACCCCGGCCUCUAUCUGUUUACCACACCAUGUCGCAUGGUGCGGCCUGUCCGGAACCUCGCACUAGGGAAACAGGAGCUUAUUGGCACCUUUGAACAGGUGUAUCUGAAUGUGGGAAUCUUUGAGAAGGAGAUAGAGGACGGCGUGACCACACAUCAAGAGCUGUUUCCUCACAGCAUGUUGAGUGUGGUGGCAGAAUUCAUCCCUUUCUCUGAUCAUAACCAGAGUCCCAGAAACAUGUAUCAGUGCCAGAUGAGUAAACAGACCAUGGGCUUCCCACUGCACUCAUACCAGGACCGAUCUGACAAUAAACUGUACCGUCUGCAGAUGCCCCAGAGCCCUCUGGUCAGACCUGUGAUGUACGACCACUAUAACAUGGACAAUUACCCCAUUGGCACCAACGCGAUAGUGGCUGUCAUUUCUUACACCGGCUAUGAUAUGGAGGAUGCUAUGAUUCUGAAUAAAUCGUCAUGGGAGCGUGGCUUUGCCCAUGGUACUGUGUAUAAGACAGAGCUCGUAGACCUGUCUGAGAAGGUUAAAGGUGAGGACAGCGUUGUGUUUGGGGUCAAGCCAGGUGACCCAAAAGCAAUGGACAAACUGGAUCCUGAUGGACUGCCAUUUAUAGGCUCUGUGCUGAAGUAUGGAGACCCUUUCUACAGCCACAUCAAUCUCAAUACGGGCCAGAGUCAUGUGACCUUCUACAAGUACCAAGAGAGUUGUGUGGUGGACAACAUCAAGGUGUGUAGCAAUGACACUGGAACCGGCCGCUUCAAACGUGUGUGCAUCACAACCCGCGUUCCUAGGAACCCCACUAUCGGUGACAAGUUUGCCAGCAGACACGGUCAGAAGGGAAUCCUGAGUCGCCUGUGGCCCGCCGAGGACAUGCCCUUCACUGAGAGCGGCAUGACCCCUGACAUCCUCUUCAACCCUCACGGUUUCCCCUCUAGAAUGACCAUCGGAAUGCUGAUUGAGAGCAUGGCUGGCAAAUCAGCAGCCCUUCACGGGCUGUGCCACGACGCCACACCCUUCACCUUCUCCGAGGAGAGCUCUGCACUGGAGCACUUCGGUGAGAUGUUGAAAGCUGCGGGAUACAAUUACUAUGGCACGGAGCGGCUUUACUCCGGCCUCAGCGGCUUGGAGCUCGAAGCGGACAUCUUCAUUGGGGUGGUUUACUACCAGCGCUUGCGUCACAUGGUCUCUGACAAGUUCCAGGUGCGAACUACAGGAGCAAGAGAUAAAGUUACCAAUCAGCCAUUGGGAGGGAGGAACGUGCAAGGAGGAAUCCGGUUUGGAGAGAUGGAACGUGACGCUUUGCUGGCUCACGGGACAUCGUUCUUGCUUCACGAUCGGCUGUUCAACUGCUCGGAUCGUUCCGUGGCUCAGGUUUGCAUGGACUGUGGUAGCCUGCUGUCUCCACUUCUGGAAAAGCCGCCGCCUCAUUGGUCAGCUACACGGCAUCGGAAGACUAUCUGCUUGCUUUGCAACAAGAGCGACUCUAUUGAGACUGUGUCUGUUCCAUAUGUGUUCCGAUAUUUUGUAGCAGAGCUUGCAGCCAUGAACAUUAAAAUCAAACUAGAUGUCAAGUAAAAUUAUUUGACUGCAUUCAGUUGCUUUGCCUGCAUGGUAAAUAAAGUUCCUCAAUGUAUAAUAUUUUUUCACAUGAUUGUUCACAUGUCUCACUCUUCUGAAAUGUCUGGAUUCAAGUAAUUGUUAUAAAUGGCUACUUUUAUUCAUUUAACAGAUGCAUAUAUCCAAAACAACAUUUUUGUAUUAUUAGCUGCCAUUUUCUCUGUGGAUAAUUUUACUAUGUGGGCUGUUUUAAACUAAUGUAUGUCAUACAGUAGAGGAGACGGAGGGCAGUUGUAAUACUCUAAAUGUCCUGAUGAGGUAUUCUGUAUAUCCACAAUAAUGUUUUUAAUCCGCCUGAAAAGAUUGUGCAAUUGCAUAAAUUUGUAAAAAAAAAAUAAUUACAUUUAAGGUAUAAAAAAUAUAUUUUUCUUCUGCUGUC